AUGGAGGCAUCGACUUCGCAAUCAUCGUUUUCGAUGAUGAGUGUGAUGAAGAAGAAGCGGUGUAGUAGGAGUAGCUUUAACGAGAAUAAUAAUAGAAGAAGGGAGGAGAAUUUUGUGGUGAGAGCAGCGUCAGAGGCGAAUACUAAUAAUAACGACGCGUCCUCGAACGUGUCCUCGUCGAGACCAAUCGUCGUCAUCGAUAACUACGAUUCGUUCACGUACAACCUGGUGCAAUAUUUAGGCGAUUGCGGGAUAAAAAACCCGCUGGUGUUUAAAAACGACGAGAAAACCGUAGAGGAGAUUCGCGCGAUGAACCCGAGAGGGAUAUUAGUCUCCCCUGGCCCUGGGAGACCGGAAGAUUCGGGAAUUUCUUUGGAAGUGUGCGAAAAGUUAGGCCCCGAGUUUGGCGUCUUUGGCGUCUGCAUGGGCCACCAGUGCAUCGGUCAAGUGUUCGGAGGCACCAUCACGAGAGCGCCGUUAGGGUUGAUGCACGGGAAAAGUUCCCCGGUGUUUCAUAAAACCGACGUGGACACCGUUCUAUCCGGUUUGAGUUCCCCGUUCGAAGCUGCGCGGUACCACUCGUUGGUCAUCAGCAACGACGACUUCCCGCACGACGCGCUCGAAUCCGUCGCUUGGACCGAAGACGAGGUGUGCAUGGCGGUGAAACACAAAAAGUACCCGAAGAUUCAAGGCGUCCAGUUUCACCCGGAGAGCAUCAUCACCGACAACGGGUUGCUCAUCAUCAAGAAUUGGGUGAAGUUAAUCAACGAAGUUUGA